GCAAAAUUCUCUCAGAAACAGGAUUACCACGACAGUCCGGAUCGUUCCCAGUAUUCGACAAGGGUUCCGCCUCUUUAGCCCCAAAAAUUGCUCAACAGCGAGCUCAAAUUCGACAUGUCCGCCUUCCCCAAAGUCUACACCGUCAACGGCCCCUCCUCCACCUCCGCUUCUGCCCUCCCCUCCUGGCUUGCCGUCAAAUCCAAGCCUACCGGCAAGCACAAGAAGCGCACAAAAACCCAGCACACUGUCGGCGACCUUGAGCUCAUCCAAGACUUUAAAUUCCCCGGCCAGGCGAUCAAGAUCAAGACGACCGAAGAUGGGUUGCAUGCGAUUGCGACGGGGACAUACAAGCCCAUGAUGAAGGUGUGGGAUCUGGAAGCUUUGACUGUCAAGUUUGAGAGGGUUACGGAUGCGGAGAAUGUGGAUUUUGUGGUGAGUUGCAUGCCUCUUGAGGCAGACUGAUAGUGACACGGCGUAGAUUCUGUCACAAGACUGGACAAAGAGUUUGCAUCUCCAAAGAGAUCGUUCCCUGCAACUACACACCCAGAUGGGACUCCACCACACUGUCCGCCUACCCAUCUAUGGCCGUGCCCUCGGCUACCACUCCCCCUCCGCCGACGCCAUCAUCGGUGCCACCGGCAACGAAGUCUUCCGCUUCAACCUCGAAGAAGGCCGAUACAUGACUCCUCUGAGAAUAGCGCAAAACUGGGGUGACGGAAACGAGGAUGAUGUGGAAGGUGUGAAUGUUGUCGAUGUAAACCCGAGACAUGGUCUCUGGAGUUUUGGACUGGAUGGAGGAGGAGGUGUCGUCGAGUUUUGGGAUCCUCGAUCCCGCUCUGCGCUUACCCGCCUUGUCCUCCCAGCUCAAGACCUCCUCCCCGCACAAUCACACGACCCCAACGCCUACAUCCCCGCUCCAUACCAAAAACUCUCCGUCUCCGCCCUCGCCUCCCACCCCACAGACGGUCUCUCCUUUGCCGUCGGUACCUCCACCGGCCACACUUUGCUAUACGACCUCCGAAGCCCCACGCCCUUUGCUGUCAAGGACCAGGGUUACAGCGAGCCCAUCCGUAAAGUUGACUGGCUCCGAGGCGGCGGUGCGCACGAAGACGGCGGCCGCGUCGUCAGCUCCGACAGCAAAGUCAUCAAAAUCUGGGACAAGAACGCUCCCGCAGACAACCAACUCUCUCUCCACCCCCCUGCGUCCAUGGUGGACCUGCACCCCGUCCCGCAGUCGGGUCUGAUGUUUGUAGCGUGCGAUGCGCCGCAGCUGUCGUCUUACUACAUCCCUGAUCUUGGGCCGGCGCCAAAGUGGGCGAGUUUCUUGGAUUCUGUUACGGAGGAGCUUGGGGAUGACUUUACGGGUGGGGCGGGGAAGAGUGCUUAUGCGGAUUACAAGUUUAUCGACAAGCACGAACUCGAGACCCUCGGACUCACCCACCUCAUCGGUACCCCCGCGCUCAAGCCAUACAUGCACGGCUACUUCCUCUCCCUCAAACUUUACACCACCGCCCGACUUAUCGCCAACCCGCAGUCGUACGACGAGCACCGCGACAGGAUCGUCAACGAAAAGCUCAAGGCGAAGAGCGAGUCGCGUAUCAGGGCGAGGAAGGAGCAGCCCAAGGUCAACAAGGCGUUGGCGGAGAGGAUCAGGAAGGUGGAGGAGAGGGAGAAGGCUGUGGAGAAGAAGAGGAGGGAGAGGAGGGAAGCGAGGGGGUUGGCUGAGGGAGAGGCAGAGGCAGAAGAGGAAGAAGAGGAGGAGGAAGAGGUUGAAGGAGAAGAAAAGGCGCCAGGUGCGGCUGGCCUGUUGUCUGAUCCUCGAUUCAAGGAAUUGUGGGACAACCCCGACUUUGAAGUGGAUGAGGAGAGUCGAGAGUUUGCUCUCAUCAACCCCGCCACUGCCAACAACAAUGCCAAGCGAGCCAAGACUGCUGUUGAGGAUGAAGAAGAAGAGAGCGACAAGUUCUCAUCAGACUUGGAAGAUGAUGAGGAGAGUGAGGAAGGGUCUGAGCCUGAGCCUGAGGAAGCGGGAAGCGACAGUGAAGAAAGUGACGACGGCAACUUGCUGUACGACCCCCGCACAGUCAAAGCCGCCGAGCGCCGCCCCAUGCCCCGUCACAAACCCACCCUCGUCUCCGGCGACGUCCAAUCCUCCACCCUUCCCACGUUCGGCCAACGCCUCCACUCCCAAGCUUCCAAAUCUUCCAAAUCCUCUGCCCCGGCACACGACCCCUCUAUCCUUGCUAUGCGCAAGGCGGCGGACGGUGGUAUGGAAAUGUCCUUCAUUCCUUCUUCCAACUCUAGAAGCAGGAAGGGCGGAGAUGAGGAUGGAGAUGAUCAGGAUGAGUACUCUGGAGGGACGAGGAGGAAGGAUAGGGUGGAGAGGUUUGGUGCGGGGAUGGAGAAGGGUGGGAGGGAGGAUGAAGAGUUUGAAGACAGGGGAGGAAGGACACAGAGGAGGAGACCGGAUAGGAGUGCUUCGAAGAAUGCUUUCAGGCGAAAGUAG